AUGAGAAGUAGUAGUAGUAGUAGAAAGGACCCUUCAUCACCACCACACUUCCCCGAUCUCUCCCUCCACAUCAGCCUCCCCUCCACCGCCGCGGCGGUGGCCGACCUUUCCUACAGUGAGAGCAGCAGGAGUAGCGGUUCCACCACUACGGAUUCCGGCGGCAGCGAUUCCAGCCACGACCACUCCAAGAACAAGGCUGCCCACGGCUUCCUCAGAUUGGGGACGCUCGACGGUCAUGUUGAUCAUCCUUAUUAUCACCAACAAAGCCAUCACUCGAUGAUGGGGGGUCGUUCCGCUUCUUACCACCACUAUCAGCCGCAAAUCUACGGCAGGGAUUUCAAGAGAAGCGGCGGUGGCGGUGGAAGGAGGAGCGUUAGAGCGCCGAGGAUGAGAUGGACCACCACCCUCCACGCUCAUUUCGUUCACGCCGUCCAGCUCCUCGGCGGCCAUCAAAGAGCGACGCCGAAAUCGGUGUUGGAGCUGAUGAACGUGAGGGAUCUAACCCUAGCUCACGUCAAGAGCCACUUACAGAUGUAUAGAACGGUAACGGACAAAGGACUACCACCAGGAGGAGAGAUUACAGAGAAAGACGAUGAUGAUCUGAACCAAAUUCCUGGCCAUGGAAUCAGUCAUUCCUGCAGUGAUCAUGAUAAUGGUGAACAAGACAUGAUCGAUGAAGUUGAAGCAGCAGCAGAUAAUGAAACCGACUCUUCUCCUCAUGUUUUCCUCAUCAAUAACCAACCACCCCAAAAAGACAACUACAAUAGAUCAAACCCUGAUCACCAUCGGGUCGCAUUGACUCGUUCUCAAUUUAACCCGCUUGACAUAACGGUGAUUAAGGAAAAGAGAGAAGGGGUCUUUGUGGAUUUAGAAUUCACACUUGGAAGGCCGAGCUGGCAAAUGGAUGCAGCCAAUUACUCGGCUGAAUCUUCAAACCACAAUGAGUUGACUCUUCUCAAGUGCUAA